CUCAACUUGGAUUCUUAAUUUAAAAUAAAUAGGAUAAAAUAGUUUAGUUUUAAAAAGUACAUUAUGCCAGUUAACAUAUUUUCUGACUUUGCGCCUAACAACACGCCCUACAAGCCGCUGACCGCGGCCAAGGAUGGCAGCAACUUCACAUACGAGUCCCUGCACAACCGCGUCCCGCACAUCCUGACCGACGUUAUCAACAACUUUUACCACGCCGUGCAAAACUUUUCGGGACCCAACGCUGAUGCAGCAGUGGCCGAUGGUAAGGCUCUGAUAAGCCAGAUGUCCAAGCUCAAGCACGAGAUGGUCACCGACAAGCCAUUGACACCGCUCGAGGACGAUGGGUGCGGCGAUAUUGACACGUGGAACCAAUGGCUGGCCAAGUAUUUUAGCUCGGCAACCUGGUACUCGGCGCCGUUCCUGGCCUGGGAGACAUACAUGUACCGGCGCAUCGCCACAUUUUUUGGGCGGUCGAAGCAUUGGGCAGCCUACGACUUUUUUGCCAGCAAGAAAGAGUCGACUUUCAGGGCGUCGAUUGUGGCUGUGGCCAAGCUGUGCAGUCGCGUUGAUGUGCUGACGAGAGAGAGUGUGGAAGCCGCUGGCAACGAGACAAAGCUGCACCUAGCAUUUGUGGAAAUGCUUCAGGCCAGCCUGUGGGGCAACCAGACCGAUUUGAGCAUGUUCCCGGAUCUCAACAGCGAAAAGCUUGAGGAGAUGCAGGCGCGCAUUUCGUCAGGAGAGAAUAAUAGCAAGAUUGUGGCGAACGACACGGACAAGAUUUGGAACAUUGUACGGCAGAUGAAGGGCGGGCGCGUGGACAUUGUGCUUGACAACUCAGGCUUUGAACUGCUCCAGGACGUGCUGCUUGCCCACUGGCUUGUGUCUGUAGGCUACGCUUCCAAGGUUGUCUUCCAUGCCAAGCGCAUCCCCUGGUACGUCUCGGAUGUCACCAAUACUGACUUUCACUGGUUGGUCAAGGUUGCCGAGAACCCAGGGCUUAUCGGCGACAAGGGCAUGUCCACUGUUGAUGAGAACGCCCUCAAGGGUCUGGGCAAGAUUUGGGCCGGAUUUUUGGCAGCUGGCAUAUGGGAGCUUAAAGACGAGCUCUUCUGGACUGGUCCCUAUGGCUACCACUAUCUGCCAACCAAGGGCAGCGACGUGUGGGAAGGCGAGCUUAUCAAGUCCGAUGUGGUCAUCUUCAAGGGCGACCUCAACUACCGCAAGCUUGUCUACGACCUCGAGUGGCCCAUCACCACGCCCUUUGUUGAGGCUCUUGGCUCAAUUACUGCCGAUCCCAGGGCGCCGGCCAUUGUGGCUCUGCGCACUGCCAAGUGCGAUACCAUCACUGGAGUUGAUGCCGACAGAGCACAAGAGCUGUUCAAGGUCCGCAAUGACUGGAUGUAUUCGGGCGAAUACGGCGUGAUCCAGCUUAGUCCCGGCCGCUGGAAGUCUAACUAAGGCAAACUUUGGAUACAGUAAUAA